AACUCUACGUGCACGUGUACGUGUAGAUUAUUCUGUUGUGCAUCUUACCUGCCCCAGCUGACCGAGAAGAGCUCCCGACAUUUGCCAAAAAUUGUUCUACACAUUAUUAUCCGACAUGGCUCCUAAAAGUAGACUCUCCCAGCGAAAAGCCGCAAGAGGAACCCCUGUACUCACGGCUGGUAGUGAUACAACUUCUGCUUCGAAAUCAUCAAAGUCAAAGAGAGUGAAAAAGUCUGCUGUAAGUUUGAAAGUUGAGACGCCCGAUAACAAACCUUUCCGAGGCACCAGGCGCUCCCCUAGAAUCACUCAGAAGGUCAAGGUCUCGCUGACAAGCUCGAGGAUUGAAGUCUUGAAGGAAAAUGUUAAGAGAGGCCAGAAAGUGAAGAAGGUGAAGAAGGAACAGAUGGAGGAGGAGGAGGAGGAGGAAGAGGAGGAGGAGGAGGAGGAAGAAGAGGAGAUGAUGGUAGAUAUCAAACCUCUGAAGGAAGAGCCAGACUCUGAAAUGAGUGACGGUGAGGAGCUAGAGACCCCUGGUUUAUCAGAAUAUGAGAAGAGGAGGCUGGAGAACAUAUCGAAGAAUGCAGACUUCUUUGCUUCUCUUGAUAUCUUCAAGGCCAAGGAGAAUUUCUUGGCGCUUACACCGCAGGCCCAGAAACCCAAGAGACAGACGAGAGGACUUAAGAGCCAGAAGAGGGAGUCUGCUCCUGUGGAACGAAGGCCGCGCUCGCUCAGGAUACAGAACAAGAGCCCAGAUGGAGCAGAGUUGCCUGAGAACUUUAGAGAGCCAACGUAUACCCCUUAUGUUUCCGAUGUUAGAAGUCGUGAGAGGCUGCCCUCUGACCCGGUCAAGAUGGAUGCCACCAAUGUCAAGAAGGAGGAGAAGACGGAUGCAGGGACGGACUUUGUAGAAGGUCUCGCUGCCCUCGCCAGGGGUGAAAAGACCAGUGUCGCAACUGAUGAUAAGGACUUGAACAAGUUUGCCUCAAAACUGCAGGAGAUGAAGAUGAAGCCUCGAUACAUGGCUAAGGUGGUGCCGGACCGCAUAUUCUCCGUCGCUGUUCAUCCCUCGGUCGACAAGACCGUCGUAGUGGCUGGUGAUAAGUGGGGAAAGAUUGGACUUUGGGAUGUGAAUUCCACUGAAGGUGACGAUGGUGUCUUCCUGUUUGCUCCGCACACCAGGCCUGUGAAUUGCCUUCGAUUCUCACCCAGUGACCCUAACAAGCUCUACUCUGUUUCAUAUGAUGGAACAGUUCGGUGUGGCGACUUCGCCAAAGCUGUGUUUGACGAGGUAUAUGUGGCAGAUGAAGAUGAAGUUAUCUGGACCAACUUUUUUGAUUUCAUGUCGGCAGAUGGUAGCUCCCUCCUUGUCACUCAGAAUGAUAGGACCGGAAACGUAGUUGUAGUUGACACUCGAUCGAGAAAGGGCGGAGAGAAUGUGUACCAUGUACAUUCAAGGAAUGCAAAGACAGUCUCGGUCCACCCCACAAUGCCAAACUACUUUGUCACAGCUUCAACUGAUCGUACUGCUGCAUUGUGGGAUAUCCGCAGCAUGAAGAGUAAGGGAACAAUAAACCAAUUGCCGAGAUGCCUCAUUUUAAAUCCGUCAGCUCGGCAUUCUUCUCACCGAUCACUGGUUCAAAGAUCCUUACUACAUCUCUGGAUGACAAAAUCAGCAUCUUUGACACUGAGAGUGCUAAGGAGGGUAAAUUGACCGGUGUGAAGAGAACAUUGUGGCAGAGCCACAACAACUGGACCGGUCGAUGGUUAACUGUGUUCCGUGCAGCCUGGCAUCCCAGACGAGAAGAUGCCUAUGUUGUAGGAAGCAU